GACACCAUCACAGAGAGAGGAAGGGGUGACCAGAUCGCAGUAAGAAAUUAUGGCAUGCGGCCAGCGGCAUUUUUACGGAGUCUGACCGCCAGUGACCAGCGGAGACGCGGCUCAAUCGCGCAUCUCGGAGAUAUGUACAUGAACAGUGCGAUCCUUGCCGAAUUCCCUUGGAAUAUCUGAGUGAUUUCACAAUUAACUAACGGUCAUGGGGAAUUCCUAUACAGGACACCUUCAGAGUACUCGGUUUGAGGAAGUGUUGCACAACUCCAUAGAGGCGUCGCUGCGCUCCAACACAGUGGUUCCCCGACCAGUGUUCUCUCAGCUGUACCUGGAGGCAGAGCAAAGACCUUAUUCUCAUGAGGGUCGAGUAGAUGAGGAUGAAGAUGAAGAGGAAGGCUCGGAUUCAAACAGCCCUCCAAUCCCAUAUCAGAUGAAAUCUCCACCAGAGGGUUCAUGUACUACAGAUGGGUUCUGUCAGGCGGGUAAAGACCUUCGGCUGUCAUCCAUGGCCGCAGAGAGUUUGGAGGUUCCGCCUGGGUUUCUGCUCGUCGGAGCCAAAUCUCCCAGCGUGCCUGAUCACAUUCUGGUGUGUGCGGUGGACUUGCGCUUUCUCCCCGAUGAAUGUGGACGUAAUGCACUUUUAGGUUUCUCAGGGAACUGCAUGGGCUGUGGAGAGAAGGGCUUCCGCUACUUCACAGAGUUUGCCAACCACAUCAACCUGAAGCUCAGCACACAGCCUAAGAAGCAGAAGCACUUAAAGUACCACCUGCUCCGAAAUGCACAGGGCAUUCUGGUCAAGGGACCACCAAUCUGCUGGAAAGGAAUAGACAGCCGAAUGAGAAAUGCAGUCAGUAAUAUAACUGCCGGACCAGAGGAGCAAUCAGCACAUGGACCCAAUGACCUGCUCUCCAAUUCAGGGCACAUGCCUUUAAACACAAUUAACCACACAGAUCUGAACACCCAACACCACACAUCUGACGGUUCCCCUCCCAUUACUAAUGGCAGUCAUGUUCCAGCUCAACCUCUACCACAGCCUGGAAUAGUUGCCACUGGCCCUGGAAGGCCCACAGUAAUAGGUUCCAUGGCAAAUUCUGGGCCCCCCAAGAAGAGACACAAGGGAUGGUCUCCAGAAUCGUCUGCUCCUACAGAAGUGACCUCCAGACCUGCUCCCAACAGCACAAGCAAUGGCACUAAAUCAGCUGACACUGGGGCAUCUGGGUGUUUUUCUGUGGGGUCCUCUCCGCCCCUUGCUAUGGGUGAGUCUGUCACAGUGCCUGAUCACCUGCUUCAGACUUGUGGACUACGACCGGUCAUUUUUAAAGGGCACGGGACACUGCCUCAUCUAUCUGGGAACCUUGAGGAUGUGCUGGUGAGUGGCCUGCUUGAGAAAUGCUAUCGCAGUUCCCAGAACCUCCCACGUGUCUAUGAGCAGUAUGGCACCGCUCCUAUCCAGCCCAUCUCCACUGAGAUGCUGAUCCUGCUCACUGUCUACUAUCUAGUGCAGCUUGCACCUGACCAGGCUCCUGUGAUGGAAGACUUGGAGCAGAUCUUCAUGCGCUCCUGGCGUGAGUCUCACCUGACAGAGAUCCGGCAGUACCAGCAAACACAUACACAGUUUCCACCUCCUCUGCCCUGCCUCGCGCAGCCCCUCACUCCCUCUCAGCUGCCCUGGCUUGCCAAACUGGCCACCAGCUCAUGUGGAGAAGGAGUUCUGGUGCUGGACACUGCACUCUCUCUGGCAGAGGCGCUGGAGGACACCUUUCACAGGCUGGUGGAGGGAAGAUUGAGCCACACCAACUAUGUGGUGAUCAUCUGCAUGAACAGGAGCCAGGAAAUAGAGUCAUGUGUGGUGGUGACAGGGAAGCACCAGACUCGUGCUCUAGCCGAGAGUCUUCUUUCUCCCAGUGAUUGUUUGAGAGAGAUUGUUCAUGAACUGUCUUCUGGGAUGGCAGCAGAGCUGGGGUCUUAUUUCAGUUCUUUAGGUCCAGACGGAGAUGUGGAAGCUUUGCUGGAGAAAGCCAGCCCUGAAAACACCUCACAGUAUUCUGCUAUAGAACCAUCUGGAGACAGUCCUAAACCUAAGUGCACUGAAUACUUUGUAGAGUGGCAUGAGAUUCGGCCCAUUCAACUCGCCUUGGCACGGAAGCUGCUCUCACAUGUUUGUGCCAUCGCUGAUUCCAGCACACAGAACCUGGACCUCGGUUCCUUUGACAAGGUGGACUUUUUAAUCUGCGUUCCACCCUCAGAGGUCACCUUUCAUCAAGUCGUCCUCCACCUGUGGAACUCAGGAGUGUUUAGAGAGUUAGGACUCGACCAAGACUGCUUGUCUCUGAAGGAGGCUGAGCAGUAUGUGGUACAGCUGAACCAGAGUGCAGUGGGAAAGAUCAACAACCUCAUUCAGAAGUCAAAGAUGAACCCCUACACACUCUUUAUACUGGUGCAUGAUCACGCACACUGGGAUGUCAGCAGUGGGCAGUGCAGUGGAGGAGACUCUAGUGUAGGACUAGUGGACAGUCUGCUGAACUGCAGGCAGAUUCGAGACGCUGCCAAUAUCCUGACGCUCCAUGUGACUUCAUUCCCCUUCACCCUGCAGACUCAGUACACCCGCAUCAGCCCAUACAACGAGAUCCACUGGCCAUCAGGAUUCAAUAAUGAUGUAGAUCUUUAUCAUGAGAAGACAAAGUACUUUGGUGUGUCCGAGCUGCUAGAAACGACCCGCUCUGGAAGUGGCCUUCCUCUGCUACGAUAUGACAGUUCCUUUGAGAGUAUGGCUGCUGCUCUGGAGGAGAGGUUCCCAAAACUACACAGCGCUGUGAUUCGCACUCAUGUCCUAAUCCAGCAUUACUCUCUGGCCCUAAUGGCAACAGCAGGCGGCCAGGCUUUACAGGCUCUGCAGAAGCACAUCUCAGUGGAGACGCUGGAGAUGGUGCAGUGUCUCCUCAACACCUCUCAGCACUGUCCUAGCCGUCAUGGUCACAUGCUGCUCCUGAGGAUCCCGUCACCGGCUCUUGCUGCCUUAGCACAUCAGCGCCUCUGCCAUGUGCGCAACAGACUCGGCCUUCACAAGCAGUUUGAGGUCAUACUGGGGGAUCCAUGCUCCACUCUUACCGUAGGAAAACACUUUCUGGAUCAACUGAGGGUAUGGCUAAAGAUCUUGGAUCCAGACUGGGCUCCUCGCACGUAUCUAGAGCUGGAGGCUUUACCCUGUAUUCUCAUCUUAACUGGCAUGGAUCCACAGGGAGAAUCUUUACCUAGAUCUCUGAAGUAUUGUGACCUGCGUGUUAUCAGCUGCUGGUCUCUGCAGCGCACCACCCUGGAGCAGGAGCUGGGACUAGCUGCCUACAUACUCAAGACAAAACAAGAUGGCCAGCAUGGGCCGAACGCACCCAGUGACCUCUCUGAGAGUGACCCUGAAAAACUCAGCAGCACUGACAACGAGGAGGAAGAGGUUGUGGUGGAUGUAAACAGCGAUCUUCCUAAGCUGGGUAACCAGGCCUCCCCAGCUGCCUCUCAGCGCCCACAGCCUGACUGUAAUCCUCUGGAUUCAGAAAAGCAGCCCAAGCAGAGGCGACAGUCCAAAUCCACCUCGUCUGGCUCUUCGUCCACACGAGCCUCUCCUCUUCGGCAGAGCUGCUCCUGGGCACGUAAUCUCAGCCGUCCGCCUGUGGUGCUGCUUCCUAAAACCGUCUACGACCUUAUCACCACUGUGGAUUCCAGUGGUCUGCCCAAGUCUACUUCUUUCCUCCCUCACCCUUCAGUGGAGUGGGUCAGCUCCUUUAGACCCCUGCUCAGCAAGAUGAUGACCUGCACUGAACAGUCACUGUACUAUCGCCAAUGGACGAUCCCCAAACCCCAUCACAUGGACAGCACUAACCGAGCUGAAGGACGAACUGAUAACUUCCACCCACGAAAGUUGUUGCUGAGUGGGCCCCCACAGGUGGGGAAGACAGGGGCAUAUCUGCAGUUCCUGGGGAUUCUGUCCCGCAUGCUGAUUAGGCUGAUGGAGGUGGACAUCUAUGAUGAAGAAGACAUCAACUGCAACUGUGAGACAGAUUUGGUGCGAUAUCAUCAACCUGUUGCAUCAUGCCCCAACACCGAAACUGUAAGAGGGAUGCCUUUCGAUUACACCAUCCAUGACCCUAAAUACGAGGAUAUUAGCACUAUAUACUCACCAGACUUCACUCCGAAUUCAGAUGAUGGAAACUCCAGGCGGCAGGAAGAUGUUUAUUUACGCAGACGAACAACACGGAUCAAACUUUCUAAAUACGCAGCAUACAACACAUAUCAUCACUGUGAACAGUGUCACCAGUAUAUGGGUUUCAAUCCACAGUAUCAGCUGUACGAGUCCACCCUUCAUGCCUUUACCUUCUCUCACCUUCUACUGGGAGAGGAAAUCCAGCUCUACUUCAUCAUCCCCAAAUCUAAAGAGCACCACUUCUCUUUCAGCCAAUCAGGAGGCCAGUUAGAGAGCAUGAGACUGCCACUUACUUCUGACUGGAGUCCAGAUGCUAUCAAAAGUCCAAUUUUCACACCUACAACUGGUCGGCACGAACACGGCCUGUUUAAUCUUUAUCAUGCCAUGGAAGGAGCCACCCAUCUGCACAUUCUAGUGAUUAAAGAGUAUGAGAUGGCCGUAUACAAGAAAUACUGGCCCAACCAUAUAAUGCUUGUCCUGCCCACUGUCUUCAAUGGAGCAGGAAUAGGAGCAGCUCACUUUCUGAUUAAAGAGCUCUCCUAUCAUAACCUGGAAUUAGAGCGAAGUAGGCGAGUAGAGCAUGGCAAUCGACCACAAGACGUCUGGCCCUUCAUCAUCCUCGCAGAUGAUUCCUGUGUCAUGUGGAACAGUGUUGAUGUUGAUCCAAAAAGCGGCACCACCGAGACCGAAAGAAAUGUGUCCUUGAAACAGGUUCUUCAGCACAUGGAGUCUUCUCCAGAUAUCACUCAGUAUGGUUUAUGCGGCAUGAGGAAGUGGUCCAGUCGUGGAGGAGUUGCUGGAUGCCAAAAAGAGCCCUUCUCACGUGGACACCUCCACGACUUCCUCUUACUUAACGUGGACCUCACACAGAAUGUACAGUACAACCAGAACCGUUUCACAUGUGAUGAUGUGGACUUCAACCUGCGAGUACACAGUGCGGGACUCCUCAUCUGCAGGUUCAACAACUUCAGUGUGAUGAAGAAGCAGAUUGCCAUUGGUGGAUAUGGCACCUUCAUCAUCAAGACCAAGAUGACAGACGUCCCCACCACAAUCCAGCCAUCUCAAUACAUCUGUGCUCCAGACAGCAAGCAUGUGUUUUUGGCCACACCAGCUCAACUACUGCUGGAGAAAUACCUUCAGCACACCAGCCAUCGCCUCUUCCCCCUUAGCGCCCAGAACUACAGCCACCCCAUCCUCUCUGUGGACUGCUACUUAAACCUUGGACCAGAGGUGACAGUUUGCUUUGUCAGCUCCAGACCUCACUCCAUCAACUUUAGCACUACCGGACUGCUCUUUAGUGGCCUUCUCUUAUACUUCUGUGACUCCUUUGUGACUCCUGGAUUCCUUAAAAAGUUCCAGUUCCUGAAAGGAGCGACUCUGUGUGUGAUCUGUCCUAACCGGAGCUCACUGCGCCAGACUGUGGUGCGGCUGGAACUGGAGGACGAAUGGCGGUUUCGUCUAAGCGAUGAGUUUCAGACCGCAAAUGCCAAAGAGGACCAUCCUCUCUUUUUCCUCACAGGAAAACACAUAUGACCGUCAAAGCUCAAAGACUCCAUCACUUUGGUCUUAUCAAGUGUGCUGUCUGUAUAUAACAUUAUCUCUGUACAUAAUGCACAGGAAGUGCUGUAAAUAUUCUGCUUGCUUGGUGUUGUUUUUUUUAAGCUCAUACAGGAAAACCUGCAUAUUAACACACUCAAAACAGGAUUAACUCCAAUUAUUUUAUUAUUGUUUAAAAUGUAUUUAUUUACUGUGUCCUUUCUAUGUUUUUAUCUUUCUAUGUUUUAUUGUUUGACGUUUUAAUUGUUUUUCUGUCACAGUCGGAUCUUUUAACGUCAGCUCGAUGCAGCUAUGAAGUGUUUAAAAACUGAUUGAAGUAUUUUGUAGAAAAGAGUAUUUUUGUAGCAGUAUUGGCGUGUUCUGUGAUGCGUGUGGAGAGCGUAAUGUUAUUAAAGUACUUAUACAUUUCAGAUCUCUGCUUGUUAUUGAUUUUGUUUUGCUGUACCCCUCUAUGAACACUAGAGGGCGAAAUAAUAUCUAUUUCUCUUUCUAACCCUCACACACUCACUGUUUUUGAGAGUUAAUAUAUGAUGCAAACUAUAAAGGCCUAAAGAUAUUUCUUCCAAAUAAAUAUUUUGUAAUUUAGAAGGUUUUUUUUUCUGACAAUAAAUACAAAAAAUGUGAUAAUGCACCCUCAUUUUUUGUGUGUACAUGUUUUUGUGACAUCUCAGUUCAAAAAUCUGUAUAACUACAUGUGUAUGACACAUAUUAAAAGAAGGUGGUGGAUUAUGAGGACAUUGCUGAUGUUCUCAUUUCUCAAAGAGCUUAUAAAUUAUACAGAAUGACUUCAGAAAGUAAAACAGUUCCUGUAAGAGUUGAGUUUAGGGAUAGGGUUGGGUGUAGGGCAAUAGAAAAUGCAGCUUGUACACUAAACUCACCGGCCACUUUAUUAGGUACACCUUACUUGUACUAGGUACAUUCUGAGUAGCAUUAGUACUGCACAUUUAUGAUGUGAAUCUCCCAUUCACCACAUACCAAAGGUGCUCUACUGAGUUGGGAUCUGGUGACUGUGGAGGCCAUUUGAGUACAGUAAACUCUUUGUCAUGUUCAAAAAUAUCCCCCCCACCAUUACACCACCACCACCAGCCUGAACCAUUUUGAUCACGUCUACUUGCCUAAACACAUUGAGUUGCUGCCAUGUGAUCAGAAAGGGGAUUUAAAAUUUGCAUUAUCGAGCAGUUGGACAGGUGUACCUAAUAAAAUGGCCGGUAAGCGUCUCCACAAUUCUCAAAAACAAACCUGUGUGUGAGCACGUGUGAGCUUAAAAAAUGUACUGAUACAAUUAUUAACAGAAUAAAUGUUCCUUUUGACGUGAACAUUUUGCAUUAUUUUACAUUAAUAAUGCAUUCAGGUUACUGUAAAAUAUGCAUUUGUUGUAUAUCAUUCCAGUUUAAGAAACAAUAAAAAGUGUUAUAAACA